UUUUCAUUAAAAAUAUAACAGGUUACAUUUUUUACUCUUAUCAUAAAUAAAACCGUUGAAGGAACAUGUUCUAUGGUGCUUUGUCUGAACGUAUGUAGGCGUAUUUGCUUGUGACAUAUCCGAGCCUGGUCGCAAGCCAUGAAGGCAACUAAAGUUCAACCGUGUAAAUUGUGACAUCUGUAAACCAAUGGAGGCAAAACACAGCAACGCGGACGCUAGUUUCAAUCCUGAUCCAGGGGGCGCAGAAGCAGCACAAGAUGCCUCCUGUGACCAAAGCCCCGAUGGAAUUAUCAGUAGACAGAUGAGUGAACAGGGCCGAUUUGCCUAUGCUGCACUAUGUGGUGUCUCUCUGGGGCAGCUGUUUGGUGGGAAUGAAAACAGUGUGUUUAGGGAACAGUACCUGCAGGGUUUGGUCCACUGGCUGGACCUGGAUGAAUCUGUGAUGCCCGUCAUGGGAGCCUUUUUGUCAGGCCUGGGCUUUGAGGGCUCUGACACCUUCCUGUCCAUCCUGCAAGCUGAAUCGCUGUUGGCUGAAGGCACCAUGCCCAUCAUACAGGAUUUGGUGUCUUUUUCUCUCAAAGACGGCCACUAUGAUGCCAGAGCGAGGGUGCUCAUCCGGCAUGUCACCUGUCUGCUCCGAGUGUCUCCACAAGAGCUGGAAGAAUUUGAGGAGACGCUUGGAGAAAGGCUGACGGAAGGAGGAGAGGAGAGCGAGGAGGAGUCAUCCCGGCGCCGGAGAAGAGAACGGGGACGAAAAUUAAGACGCUACUUUCUUAUUGGAUUAGCAACAGUUGGUGGUGGAACUUUAAUUGGUGUGACUGGUGGGCUGGCAGCCCCCCUGGUGGCAGCAGGGGCUGGCGCUGUGAUUGGGGCCGGAGGCGCUGCUGCUCUGGGCUCUGCCACUGGCAUUGCAAUUAUGGCCUCGCUGUUUGGAGCAGCUGGGGCUGGACUUACCGGGUACAAGAUGAAUAAGUGUGUGGGUGCAAUAGAGGAGUUUGAAUUCCUGCCCCUCAGCUCUGGAAAGCAUCUUCACCUUACCAUCACAGUGACAGGGUGGCUCUGCACUGGUAAAUACAGCUCGUUCCAGGCCCCUUGGUGCAGCCUAGGAGAGUGCGGAGAGCAGUAUUGCUUGGUGUGGGAGUCGCGUUUUCUCAGGGAUCUGGGCUCAGCCAUGACAUCGCUUUUGGACGGGCUGGUUAGCAUGAUGGCUCAGGAGGCCCUAAAGUACACCGUUCUUUCAGGUAUUGUUACAGCUCUGACAUGGCCCGCCUCUUUGCUGGCCGCCGCCAGCGUCAUCGACAAUCCCUGGUGUGUUUGUCUGAAUCGUUCGGCUGAGGUCGGGAAACACCUUGCUCAGGUUUUGAGAAGCAGGCAACAAGGAAAGCGGCCAGUCAGUCUGAUAGGUUUCAGUCUUGGGGCCAGAGUUAUCUACUUCUGUCUUCAAGAGCUCGCUAAGGAUCAAGGUAGUGAAGGUGUUGUGGAGGACGUGGUCCUGCUCGGGGCUCCUGUAGAUGGCUCGGAGAAGGCCUGGAUGAGAAUAACCAAGGUGGUGGCUGGAAAAAUAGUCAAUGGCUACUGCAGAGGCGAUUGGCUCUUGGGGUUCUUGUACCGAAGCUCAGCUGCUCAGCUUUGUGUUGCUGGGCUACAGCCAAUCAGCAUCCAGGAUCGCCGCAUUAUCAAUGUAGACCUCUCCCACGUGGUGAAAGGUCACUUAGACUACAUGCGUCAAAUGGACACCAUUUUGGUGGCUGUGGGAGUUCCCACCAAAGAGGUCCCAGGAUCCUCUUUCUUGCUUCCUCGACCUGUAUCUAUUACUGAGGGCACAGUAGACACCAUGGACCAAAGCCACAUCGGGCAGCAGUUGCGGAAAACCCAAAGUUCAGUCCAGACACACACUGGUGAGGACUCAACUAAGGCGAUUACCGAUGGCUGGGACGUCCCCGAUAUCUCAGAUCUGUUGGACGGCCUUAAUUGUGAUGAUAAUGAGUCAAAAAGUCCACCAAGACACACAAACAAUGUAGCUCUCUAUCAGGAGAGUGCCACCAACCACGGACAAGUUUUUAAUGAGAGCAAAGAGCCUGAGCCCGAUGAUGAACAUGUCUCUUGGAGCUGGGAUGAUACGUAUUGGACUGCAGAGCACAGUCAUGAACAAAGUGGACCAAAAAAAUGAGAUGGCUGCUUCAGGAUUGGCUGAUUUUUAUCAACUCUUUGUUUUAGCAUUGAAGAGAGAUUUAAAAAAUGACGGAGUUUGAACAGACUUCUCAUGACAAGUGAGAUGGAUUCUGUGAUAAAAUGAAGGCAGUGACGUCUACAAGGUUCUGCAAUGAAUUGAUUCGGUGAAUCUCAAGUCACGGACUGAAAUAAGUGGGUGGAGGUGUUUGGGGCAUCACUUUGACAAAUGACUCUUGGCGGAGGUCACGCAAACACAGAGAGAACAUGCAAUACAGUUGGGAUUAGAUAGUGUGAACCUUCUUGUUGAAGGUUUGCCUCUCAGUGUCAGUGAACAUGUCGGUCUCUUGGCCUAACGCGACUAAACUGUCGCACAGUUUGUAGGUUCCGCCGCUAGUUUUUACAAGUGGCCACGGCGAUUCUCAGUUUCAAUUGCAGAUUUACCUCGUUGCAAAUGCAACAGCCAACUAAAAAAAAAAAAAAAAAAGCACUUUUCCAUGUAAUAAUGCUAAACAUAAGCAAGACCCCACUGGGCACUGCCAAUCUGCCAAGCCAUACCGAUAGUUUACUGUACAUGUUGUAUUUCACAAUGAUAUUUAAAACUACAACAUUUCAUAUGUACUUCUUGCUAAUAAACGUGAAAAAUGCAAAGGUGCAGUCAUGGAA